UGCCGAACGCCAGUUUUUCGCCAGAUUUUUCUAAUCAGUCGCUGUCGCGUUGAAAUCUUUUGAUAGAAAGUCUAAUCAUUUUCACGCUCUAUUUAAUAUUUUCGACAUCUAUUGAAAGGAUUUAAAAUGUGAAUCAUUGCGUGUCGCGUGAAGAGACUGCAAGUUUUAAAUGCCUCGUAAUCGUAGUUGAUUCUUCGUCGCAGUGUUGAACUAAUUAGCAGAUAUGGCUGAUCGAAAAGCGGAACUUGAGGCGAAGAAGGCCAAACUACAGGCCAUCCGGGAGGAGAAGGAGCGAAGACGCAAAGAGAAAGCUCUCAAAGAUGCGGAAGAAGCGGCACAACGAACGAUGCAUCCUGACAAAGUUCAAGACCUAGAUGAAAUGCUGUCUUCCCUUGGUGUAGCUCCAGUUUCUGAUGUUUUAUCUAGUCUAUCAAGUAUAUCUCCUAAAACCACUGAUCAAAAUAGCACACCAGAUGCCAGUUUGCAGUCCAAUGCAACGUCUACAGCCAGUCGUCCAAAAGCCCCUCAGUUAAGUGUAGUUAAUGUUCAGACAACAUCUAUAUUACCCAAAGAAGUUGUGACGUAUUCAAAACCAACCCAAACAGACCCAGCAUCGCAUGAAAGAGACGCUGCCCACGCCUUCGGUUAUUACGAUGAAUACAAUCUUAACCCUGGUCUAGAGUGGGAGGACGAGUUUACAGUUUUGACUUAUGACGAAGCGGAAGAUGAAGAAAACUCGUUGGGGCCCCACUUGGAUGGAUUCCAUUCGAAACUCCCGCCAGGAAUACUGCCCCAUGGUCUGCCGCAGGUGAAGGAUGUUCAGCCGGCUGUCACAUCCCUCGAGACGGAGGAGAAGAAAGAGAAGGAGAAGAAACCUCCGAGGGAUCUUAGUGAAGAAGAAAAGAUGACUAUCAUCCUGUCACCGGACUUCCAGAAGUUCAUGGACAGAGCGGGUCGAAUAGUGGAACGCGCUCUUUCUGAAUCUGUCGAUAUUUACAUGGAUUACGCUGGAUUAUUGGAUAGUGAAGAUAGGGGUGAGGAAAAAGCAAAGAAAAUGCUAUCGCCGGUUCGGACAUUUGUAGAUGAGCGAUGGACUAAAAACCAACUAGUAACGUCAAUGGACUGGUCACCGCAGUUCCCAGAACUCAUGGUUGCUUCGUAUUACCGCAAUGUAGACUCUACUCAUGAUCCAGAUGGUGUCUGUCUUGUUUGGAACACCAAGUUCAAAAAGCAGACGCCGGAGUAUGUCUUUCACUGUCAAUCAGCUGUCCUGUCGGCAACUUUUGCUAGGUUUCACCCGAGCCUUAUCUUUGGCGGCACAUACUCUGGCCAGGUCGUCCUCUGGGAUAACCGUGUCCAAAAACGAUCACCAGUGCAGCGCACGCCACUUUCUGCAGCCGCGCAUACUCAUCCAGUCUACUGUUUGAGUGUGAUUGGAACGCAGAAUGCGCACAACCUUAUUAGUAUCUCAACUGAUGGCAAGGUCUGCUCGUGGAGCCUAGACAUGUUGUCUCAACCUCAAGAAUCACUAGUCCUUAUGAAUAACAAGAUGUCUAAACCAGUCACCGUGUUGUGCCAUGAUUUCCUGUAUAAUGAUAUAAACAAUUUUGUACUAGGGUGUGAGGAAGGCACCACAUAUUCGACUUGUCGACACGGUACAAAAGCAGGGCACACGGAGGCCUAUGAAGGUCAUCAAGCUCCUGUCACCGGGAUCGAUACACACAAGGUGCAAGGCAAUAUCGAUUUCAGCAACUUGUUCAUAACAUCCUCGUUCGAUUGGACAGUCAAAUUGUGGAACUUAAAGGAGAAUAAACCGAUUCAUUCGUUCGAAGAUAACGGUGAUUAUGUGAUGGAUGUCAAGUGGUCACCAAUACAUCCGGCUUUGUUCGCAUCCGUUGACACAGAUGGACGAGUAGAUCUUUGGAAUAUCAACACAGAUACUGAAGUUCCAACAGCCUCAACAUGUGUAGAAGGAAAUCCUGCUUUAAACCGAGUGUCUUGGAAACCAUCGGGAACGCAUGUUUGUGUUGGUGACGCUCAAGGCAAAAUUUCAGUAUUUGAAGUGAACGAGAAACUAGCGCAACCAAAACAUGAUGAAUUUUCAAAGCUACGGCACACGUUACAAGAACUGAAACACAAUAAGCACGAUGAAGACUUAGACAAAUUUAGCUCACAUAACACUAGUUCAGGGCCUUCCAGUCUAACGUCUUUGAUUUCGAGAUAAUAGAAAUCCAAAUACUAAGCUAAGACUAAUUUCUAGUUUUAUUUUAUUUAUUUUUGGGCUGGACUGAGCAUCUCUACCAGUCCACCUGUGAUAAAUUAAUCAAAUGAAAAGGCCAUGUAUGUUUCAGACUCUGAAAAGUUUCCAUUAUCUUGGAGAACUUGAAGGUUUCGGAACUGUCAAAUUAAAUUCUAACUAAAGGGUCUGAUCAUCGUUUCCCAGAGGAAGGAGUGUAACUAUAUUUCAUGGUUGUAAAACUAACUCCAACAAAGUUUCUCUUUGCAAGAGUAUGGCAGUGCAUUUUCUGUUCAAAAUUUUUCUGUUUUUUGCGUGUAGUCUAAAGAAAAACAGCAAACAUUUUAGUAAGAAAUGACCUGUAGCAGGAUGUCUGGCAUCGGUAUAAAUCGGCAAAACUGGCACAAAUUAGGAAAUUCAAUGUCAUCAGGGAAAAAUUGGUUAUGCAUCAGGGAAUUCCGAGUGCACCAAACAUUUUUCAAUUAUGUACCUGCGAUUGAGCACAUGCUAAAUUCAAGCAUUUGAUUCAAUUUAUUAAAAAUGUUUGUUCGUAGAAUCGAACAAGUGUAAAUUUAGUGGUGCGAAAUAUCAGAAAAUUUCAUUUGAAAUAUCAGGAAAAUAUCCGAAAAAUCCAAAACGAAGUUUUAGUAGACAAUCUUCUUUGAGUUUCCUUGCAAAAGUACACUUCAUGGGUAGACAUUUUGCAACAUUGACUCGUAGUUACGUUCUUUCGUCUAGGAAACAAUGAUAGGAUCAAUCCUUCAAUUUGGUGGCCUCUUUGCCUAAGAGAAUUUUCUAGGGCGCAGAGGUAAACAGAAGCUAAGCUCAUACAAGGCCUCAAGGUGUCACAUUCAAAUGUCAAACCAAGGUCAAGCUGCUGUCUUUAGCAGGAGUUUAGCUUGAAAAAUAAAAUCUAGCUCAAUAGAAAAAAAAAACCAAAUCAGCAUCUGGGAGACCCCUGCUUUUGCAUCAAUCAUCUGGAUGCUGAAACCUGUUGGGUCUCAGGCUCGAGUCUAAAAUUAUUCUUUCCAAAGAGGCCUCCUUUCCUCGAAUACUCUUCUCUAUAUUUUUUCCUUUCCCUUCUGAACAUAACUCUCUCCACUAUGCUUAAUAUCAAUCCCGCAGCUCUAAUAUUUUAACCAUUCUAUGCUAAGUCCAAGCUGAGACCAUAUUAUCGGAAAUCUGUGAAGUCUUUUAAUGACACAAAUUUCUAAAAUUGGGGCUUAUUUUGGUGUGAUGUUUUGUUUCGACUGAUUUUUUUCAUUCUUUUCAGAGAACGCAAAUUUGAAAAGAUGAUGUUUCCUCACCAUUUGUAUUAAAUUUUGUGUAUGUCAAAAGCAACGUAAUAGCUAAAAUAACAGUGAAUUUGCAAUAUUGUCACAAGUUGCAGGGUUCUUUGGAUAAUUACCACGCAACUCGUCAUUUUAAAGUUUUGAUUCAUGCAUUGACUAUGUAUGCAUAUCUUUAAAUUUUUACCCAAAGCUCACUGAAUUCUCCGCCUAAAAAUGUGUCUUCAUAUUUGGAGGAAAUUUCAAAUGGAUUGCAGACGGUACAUUUUAAACUGAUAAUGUAGUUUUUACAGAAGGUCAGUUCUGUCCACACUGCUCAACCAAGAAAUGUCCCAGUUGUAGAAAUAAUGUCAUUCUUUUCAUAAAGAUUUCCUCUCCUCCCAAGAUUUUUUUUUUCGAAUAGCUCACUAAGAUUUUAAUACAUUUUAUUUUACUUCCACCAUGAUGUGCCAAUUGAGAAUUUUAAUCACGCUUUCAAACUUUUUCAAAAUCUUUGUUACUUUAUGAAACUGUAAUUCCAGAAGUUGAAAAGACAAAAAUUAUGUGCUCAAAUUUCUGUAAUCCUCUAUUUUUUUCCUGUUUUGAAGAAAUUCUGCUUUCAGAAGGUCCUCUUUAUUUAGCAAGGCAUUUGUUUUUAAAAACUCAUUAUGUUUUUUUUAUAAUUUAAAAUUUAUCUGAGGAAUGAUCUGAUAAGAUAAGUGAAAAAUUGAUCAAAAUGCACUAGGUUUCUGCUUCAAAGCUUUGGUUACCUCGAACGCUGCUUGUGUUGGAAAAAAAAAAUCACCCUAAGUGAAAUCUACUGAAGUUGUACUGAAGUAGAAAAUGCACAGCUUUAAAAUAAUUUCUUAAAAUUCUUGAAGGAAACCGUACAUUUUUCUACAGGUAAAAGUGCGCAGUGCUUCGCUCAGCAAAAAUGUAGGAACUUACCUGCCGAUGCUGUUCCAAAAAAUUUCACAAGUCAAAUUCUAGAAUAAUUCAUUGCAUAUCUGUUGCCUGACUCUAUAUAAAAGUGUGCUGUAUUUAGCUUUCAAUAUUAAAAUUUUUAAGCCUUCUCCGAUGACUCUUGUCACAAGGAAUCUGUUUAACUCAAUACGAGUUCUUUCAAGUAUGCAAGUCUUACUUCUUUUUCUUUUUAAAAAUUGAAAUUACUCCUAAUUCAUAAUGCUUUCAGCAAGAACUUACACAGAUGACUUUACUACGAUUUAUGAUUUGAAAUUGCUAAGGGAGGAAAUACGUGCAAAUUUUUCUGAAGUGUAAAAGAAUUAGGUAAUGUAAGUUCUCUUCCCCUGCAUCCGUUUGAGACAAGAGAAGGGAGAAUAGUAAUUUAGGUAUGUGUAAAACUUGUAUCCUUAAUUGCUUCAAUCAUGGAUCAAUUCUUUCAAGGAAAAUAAUGAUUCUAAUGUGUUAAAAAAAAUAUUUAUGGAAAAGAUGUUCAUCCUAGAGGUGAGGAAAACAUGACAAAUGUUUUGAAAAAUGUUUGUAAAAUACUCCUCAAAUCAGUGCUGCACUAAUUUCAUUUUCAGUUUUGCGGCGUGGUAGUAAUUUUUUUCAUGUGGAUUGUCUAAAAUGAAAAAAAUUUUAGAAUUGAAAAUAUUUAUUUUCUCUCUCCUUGUUUUGCUAGAUAGAGGCACCGACACAUUUAGUUGACUCUUCCGAAGACUCUCAGCAGCAGAUGUUUAUUCAAAAACAAAGCAUAUUUUUGGGAAAUAGUGACUUCCAUUUUUUUUUUUUUUAACGAAUUGAACCUUGAUGGAUAUUUUGUUGUCCUUAGUUGAAUGAAAGCCCAAAUCAUGUCAACGAAAUUUGGAAGUGUCAAAAUCCUUGCAGAAGUUUCUGAGCUUGAAUCAAGGCCUGAAAAUUAUGUCUCGCCAUAUGUUUUAUUUAUUUGAUCCAUUUUUUUUAGAAUAAAAUUUUUUUUUCGCCUUAUUUGUUUUUUAAGGCAUUUUGCAUGGCAUUUCAUAAGAGAAUCAACAAGGAAUCGUUGAGUUUUUUAUGUUUCGUGCGCUUCAUUUUGUCGUUCUUUCAGCAACGUUAUUUUAGUUUUAACAUGAAUACUCGCCUGAACUUUACGUGCAAUCACCGGAAAAAUUUUAUAUCAGUCAAAGAUGAGUGGGCACUGAUUAUGUUCCACUUUGAUGUCCUGUUACAUUGGUUGUUUUCUGAGCUUUGUGCAGACAGUAUUUCAAUAAGGCGCAAGCCAUAAUAUUCCAGAGGUAACAAAUAAAAAAUCUAAAACUUUUAACCACCAUCAGACUACUUUUCUUAAUGCCUAAUAGCUUUCGUAUUUUUCUUUCUUUUAUCAAUAAGUGAAGCUUGCUUGUAAAUUUGUAAAAUUUCUUGUUAAUUUUUUAUCAUUGUAAAGUAAUGAAAAAUGAAAUGAAAUAAACAUUUCUCCAGAAUUGCA